GCUGCCGUUUUGCGUCAAUGUUUACCAUUCGUUUCCGGUUUACGUCGUGGUUUAACGACGUUCUUCAUUUUUCAUUAUACGUCCCUUUGUUACGAUAAGUGUACAUACAUUUGACAGAAAUGGCGACUGCUGUACCAUCGAGAUUUGCGAUACUUAGUCUUGACGACGAUGACUGUGAACCGAAGAAAACGCAGAAGAAUGUCACUUCUAGUAAGACAGCUCAAAAAGCCAAAAACGUUAAAUCGAAACAGCAACAACAGCCAAAAAAGGAUGACAAGAAAAAACAAAACAAGGGGAAAAAGAAAAAACCUAACAAGAGUAAUAAUGAAAAUCAACAAUGGGAGCAAUGGAAAGAAAAAGACACAAUGGCUAUCGAGGAAACAUUUGAGCAAGAGCUGCAUCAAGCCAUUUUGCUGUCGAAGCUGGCUUAUGAAGAGCAGCUAGUAAGCGUGGGUACUAGUAAGCCAGAAAAAGAUCAAGAGACAAAUAAGAAAUCAGGGAAAAAAUCAAAAAAGGCCACCAUGACAUUGGAAGAGUUCAAUAGCAUGGGAUCAAACAAUGUUCAAAUUACAGUUGUACCUACCGAUUGUGCAGAUCCAAAACCUAAAGAUGUGGAUAAAGAAUUUUUUGAUUCGGUAGAAAAGGAAACGAAAAAAGAAAUUACAAAGGAAAAAGAGAAGGACAUAUUAAGGACAAGGCUAACACGUAUAGACGAUGAAAUCACUUCUGCUCAAUUGAGGGUAGAAGUUGAAAAACGCGAUGAAGUUAUAAAUGAAUUAAGAAUCCAGGUGGAAAAUUUGAAAGAAGAGGUGACACAAGUUAAAAAAAGGAACAAAAAGCUAUAUCAAAUAUUAUCUCAUGGAGAAAUGAAAGAUAAAGCAUCAGUAUUAGCAGAAGUAGCUAAAUUACAAGAAAUAAGAGACGAAUUAACAUCAGAAGUAGCAUCUUUACAUGCACAACUAGAACAAGAAAGGUCCAAAACACGUACUUCUAGUGCAGAUGUCAAACCAUCUAAACAAACUAAUAAGAAGAGGCCAGCUAGUGAAAAUGCCUAAACUACAGAGUAAUUUUGUUGAACGUAAAAACUGAAACAUUGUGAUCUAUGAAACUUAAUUUAUCGCUAUUGAUUAUUUUACAUACUAAUUAGCUAACAGUCUCAAGACUGAUGUAUAAUUGUUAAAACUUAAGAUCUCGAGAUAUUAUUAUGUAUCAUAUUCAAUUUCCAAGCAUAGAGAUCGGUUUUUUAAGUAAACAUUUUAUAAAGCAUAAAUGAUCAUUCGGUAGGGAUAUAGUCAUGAUCAUAUAUUUUCUAAACUAUGCAUUUCUUUUAUAUAUUUUGAUCAUAUUUUGUGAUCAUAUAUAUUUCUUAUUAUUCAAUUACUUCUAUGAAAGUCAUUGAAUAUAAGGACGAAUAUUGCAGUGAAAGUUUAGUCGAACUGCUGCAAUACUACUUCCAAUAUGAAAACUUGGCAGUGAACAUUAUCUUCCAGAUUUUAUGCAGACUUUAUGUUAAAAUAGAUCAAUGAAUGACGCGCGUUAUUUUCGUUUUUUAAUAAAUAUAUUUUUUGCAGUAUACUUGUUGACAUUCAUAAUAUCCUUAAUAUUUCAUUAAAACAAUGGCACCGAUACAUUUCUAAAAAUGCGUUAUGUAUUUCAAACCAUUAAUGUCUAAUCGAACGACACAUCUUUGUAGAAGUUAAACAUUGAGAGCUGAUCAAACUACUCUUUCUAUGAGACUGAGAUAGACUUGUACACUAUAAAACCAUAAAUUUCAGGUCCUAAAUGUAAGCCAUAUUUAUAUACAAACUAUCAUGAAUGUAUCAAAGUAAGUAAUAAAAUAAGUAUAUUUUCACAGAUUA